AUGCUCGCCAGCACGUCCAAAACGCGGCAAACAAAAGAAGACAAGAAGAACGAACUGCAAUUGGCACUUCAAAGGGCGCGGGAAACUUAUGAGCAAGAAGUUGAGAGAAUCAAAAGGUUCUUAAUUCAAAAACAAGGAAUUAUGUUUAAAAAAGGUUUCUCUUCCAGGAAAUAUGCUGAAGAAGUAGAUGACGAAGAAGAGCCUGAGGAUUUUUCAGAGACCCCUGAGAAGGUGAAAAAGUCAAUAAUAUUUCAUGGAAGCGGCUGUAGCUUAUAGGAAGUUCAAAAUGACAAAUUUAUACAGCCGGAAUCACCUUCUGGUCAGCGAAACGGGAAUGAAAAAGAGGAAUUCCGACGGAAGUUGGUAUGUUUUAAACCAAAAUAUAUGAAACCGAAAUAAAAAAUUUUUCCAACUCAUCCUAAACCCAAAUGGCGCAGAACAAGUCUGCGCCUAAUAAAAAAGUGAAGGAUAGUUUCCGAAUAAGAUUAUACACUGAAAAAAGUUUCUUGCUUGCAAAGUUUCAUGAUCCUAUAAAAUACACAAAUUUCGAAAAAAGCGAACUUACUUUUUCCGAAGAACUAUUAAAAAAUGAACUAUGUUCUUUUUUAGGCAGUGAAACAAAAUGGAGAAGUCAAUUUGUUGGGUUUGGCCAUCAAUACCGUCUACAACAUAGAAACUGGCCUCGCUACCCCGUAUACUCAAGCUAAAGUUUGGAAAAAGAGCCAAUCUCUCAAGAUUGGUUUUAACUUUCAGAGCAAAAUCUCUGCGCUUCUGAGGAGAUCUGACAGAAUUGACGUUGACGAUUUGACCGCCCAAGCGGCUCUCCAUCACAAGUCGCCGAAAGAGACCCACUACCUCUACCUGGCCGGUGCAGCCAUAAUGGUUCAUUUCAACUGA